CGCCACUCCGACACACUAAAACCCACUCCACGCUCUGUCACUCUAGGAUCAACGGUCUUCCGAGUGUUUAUAACUGUGAUUGUAUUAGUGCAGUGAACUAACCUAUAUAAAAAUGGCGUGGGGAUAUUGGUCGGCAUCGUCGGUGAUGCCCGAUCGCGGGCGCAGUCCGCGCCGCGCUGGGACUUCGGCGUCACACGCUCAUCCUAAUCCACCGACCGCUCGGGAAGUGUUAGAGACGCACGACGAGAGCAUUAUCCACACGGCAUCUACGUCGCGGGAUAGUCGCGAGCACUCCGCGUCGCCGCAUUCUUCGUCAAACGGCGGACACUCGCACCACCAACACGAGGUGCGACACGCGGUGCCGGCGAGCGCGCUGUUCGGGGAGAGCUACGAGAUGUCGCGGCGGCCAUCUUUGGAUCUCGGCUCGGUGCGGAGCGCGUUAGGCUCCUGCGGCGGCGGAGGCACGCUAAGCGCAGGAUCGACGUUAACGCGUGGCGGCACACUCGCCGACUACCUGCCGCCCGCGCCGUGCCCGCACCACCACCGCGUGUACGUGGACCACCACAAGCACUACGAGCAGCCGAUCCAGCCCGUGCACGUGGGAGUGGCGCACCACUCGCACUCGCACGCCUCCAGCCGCCACCACACCGACGACGAGGACGACCUAGAGCCGGCCUACGCUACAGUGUUCCCGAAUGUGCCGCCGGCGCCGGGCAUGUCAUGCGCGGGAGAAGACCGCAGCAUAUACAGGCGCGGCGCCCGGCGGUGGCGGAAGCUCUACCGCGUCAACGGGCACAUCUUCCAGGCCAAGAGAUUUAAUAGACGCGCCUUCUGUGCCUUCUGCCAGGACCGCAUCUGGGGCCUCGGCCGGCAAGGCUUCAAGUGCAUCCAGUGCAAGCUGCUGGUGCACAAGAAGUGCCACAAACUUGUGCAGAAACCGUGCUCCAGCGAGCAUGUGGACCCUGUGGAGAUCAAGGACGACGCCAAUGGGGAGAGUACUUUGGGUCGAGCCUCGUCUGUUAGGUCUAGAGCAGAUCCGGAGCCGCCGCUGCCGGACACGCCGCCCGCGCCGGCGCCGGCGGUGCGCGAGGACCUGGAGCCGGGCUCGCAGCGCCAGUACUCGCUCGACGACUUCGAGCUCAUCCGGGUCAUCGGACGCGGCUCUUAUGCUAAGGUGCUGAUGGUAGAACUGAAGCGGACGAAACGCGUGUACGCGAUGAAGGUGAUCAAGAAGGCUCUCGUGACGGACGACGAGGACAUCGACUGGGUGCAGACGGAGAAGCACGUGUUCGAGACUGCGUCCAACCACCCCUUUCUAGUGGGGCUCCACUCGUGCUUCCAGACUCCUAGUAGACUGUUUUUCGUCAUUGAGUUUGUGCGCGGAGGAGAUUUAAUGUUCCACAUGCAGCGGCAACGGCGGCUGCCCGAGGAGCACGCGCGGUUCUACGCCGCGGAGAUAUCUCUAGCUCUGCAUUUCUUGCACGAGCGCGGAGUCAUCUACCGUGAUCUAAAGCUGGACAAUGUACUGCUGGAUCACGAGGGCCACAUUAAGCUCACCGAUUACGGCAUGUGCAAAGAGGGCGUCCGUCCCGGCGACACGACGUCCACCUUCUGCGGGACGCCCAACUACAUCGCGCCCGAGAUCCUCCGCGGAGAAGAGUAUGGUUUCAGCGUCGACUGGUGGGCUUUAGGAGUACUGACGUAUGAGAUGUUGGCUGGCAGGAGCCCCUUCGACAUCGCGCAGGCUGCUGACAACCCUGACCAGAACACUGAGGAUUACCUCUUCCAGGUGAUCCUAGAGAAGACGAUCCGUAUCCCGCGCUCGCUGUCCGUGAAGGCGGCGUCUGUCCUCAAGGGCUUCCUCAACAAGAGCCCCUCCGAGCGGCUCGGCUGCGGCGAGAGCGGGUUCAUGGACAUCGUGCAGCAUCCCUUCUUCAAGAGCAUCGAGUGGGAGAUGCUCGAACAGAAGCAGGUAGUCCCGCCCUUCAAGCCUCGCUUGGAAGGCGAACGGGACCUGGCCAACUUCCCGCCAGAGUUCACCGACGAGCCUGUCCACCUCACGCCCGACAACGACAACGUGAUCGCGGACAUCGACCAGUCGGAGUUCGAGGGCUUCGAGUACGUGAACCCGCUGCUCAUGUCGCUCGAGGACUGCGUGUGACACCACGCCUGCCUGCUGCACCCCUACCACGACCCCGCCAUGGCGUUCGGUUACGGCGAGUCGUCGUCGUCGGACUACGACUCGGUGUGCUCGUCGCUGCCGCCGCGCAAGCCCACGCUGCUGCAGCACAUGUUCUGUCUGCCGCUCAACUGACCCCGCCACGACUAACCGGUUACAACCAAUGACUAACCGGUUACGCAUGCGACCGGUUUGAAAUUUAUGCUGUAGAUUUUUAAUUGCUGUGGCACAUGAUGAGUCUGCCGCUCAACUGACCCUGCCACGACUAACCGGUUAUAGCCAAUGAGUAACCGGUGGCACAUGCGACCGGUUUGAAAUUUAUGCUGUUUGGUUUUUAUGCUGUAGCUCAAUUGGGUUUGCCAUGACUAACCAAUUGGUUACAAUACUGGCUGAUUUUGUAACUUCUAGCCAAAUUUUACAUAGUGACUUUUAAAGUCACUCAAAAGUCAGGUUCCUAUGCAAAGUUUGGCGAGUAACUUACAAAAUCACCCUUUUGUAGUUACAACUUAACCGGUUUUACAUACGAGUAACCGGUUUACAAUUUUAUUGUAAAUUUUCAUGCUGAUACUUGCAAUUUUAAAGAAUUUUAUUUCAAAAUUGUCCAAAUGAAGGCACAAGUUUAGUUGGUACUACAUACAAGUCGUGCAAUGAAUCUUUAGGACUGGGAUAGCAUGCUUCCGUUUACAUUAGAUGAUAAAUCGUGGCAAUUUGUAUUUACAAUAAGUGAUUGUUUUGUACUUAAAAUAAAAUAACAAAAUUAUUAACCGGUUGGGAACCAUGAUGAAAAGGAAACUUUGAAGUAAAUCAUUGGCGAGUAACGGGUAAAAAUUAAAAUUAUGUAUAAAUGUUAAGACAAGCUAGUGACAAUGAUAUUAAAAAUUAUACAAAAGUGCGGCAACGCUUUUUUUAACUAAGAACUUGGAAACGACUAUGCAUUUAGAAUACUAAAGGGUAAAUGGCAGUAAAACGUAGGUAUCAGGGCCGAAACGUUUGACACAUUUCGUACGACGGCUGAUCCUUGAUCCGUCGUGCUUCCUAUAGAAAACGGAGCGUUUGAGGCCCCGGCCCGGUCUAGAAUGGGUCACCCUUUAGGGAGUAAGUCUUGUAGCAAACAAAGGCUUGCCUUGUUAUAAAAUACGGUUCGAAUGUACGGUCAAUUGUAAAACAUGAUAAGCGACGUCUCUUCAAGUCUAAAUCACUGGCUGUUACAGACUGAAGUGAAAGAAACUUAACGAUUUCUGAAUUUAUCUAAAAUUAUUUAAAAAUGUAAAUCCGUAGUUUAGAUAUUACUUGUGUUAUUUGAUUACUUCAGAAUGUAAGAUACUUUUUUGCGGUUCCGGAGACUAUAAAUAUAAAGUGUUUACAUAAGCACUUAGCUCCAAAAACGUUAAAUGUAAAUGUCUGAAUAACCUGAAGUGCGUCUAAUUUUUGGAGCUAACUGUACAAAUGUAAAUAAACGUAGUAAACAGAUCUGAAUAUAUUCUUCUCUUCGAAAGGAAUUGAUGGGAGUUGACACAGACACUGUUCUGGUGGUUGGUGCUCGCAGUCCUUGUCUGUAACUAGGUAACCCUUCAGAAUUCAGUAGAUUACCACAGGAUUCACACUGACUUAGGAUUCACUUAUGUGUGCGUAAUUUACUUUCUGUUCUAUGCAUCUCGCUCGUACUGGUAUAUUAGUGCGGACGAGACAUGCACGGUGUAGAAAUGUGUAGUUAAAAUCUUUCGGUUCCCUACUGUUACACCGUGUAUAGAAAGUUACGCAGAUGAUAAUGAAUAUAUCAGUGUCAAAUUGGCGGUGAUGCUAUAGGUAGGCAGCAAGUGGCGUCACACAGUUUUCCUAUUAUAUUAUAAUAAAUCUUAGAUCACUUCGAAUUAAGCCCGAAGCCACUUCGGACUGAAAAGCGCUUCUUAUGUAAAUAAAAUUAUCUCUAUGUAUUAUACAAAACAUAUAAAUAACUAUAAAUAUUUUUGAAAGUAUUCUAAUGUCUUCGCGUUCGCGAACACCGAGCUACAUCGCAGUGUCUACCAUCUAAAUAUGUUUCUGGAGCAAUAAUAUAAUUGUAGUCAUAUAUCUAUAUGGGGACAGGUGAUGCUCAACGUAUGGCACGUAAGGAAUUAAAAGUAGAUAAAAAUAUCGCCCUUUGAAUGCAGGCGCGUAUUUUAGCCCUUCUCCAAUAUUAGUGUUUUCCCUAGAUGCCUAGUUUAAGCUAGAGUCUUGCUACGAUUGUUUGCGAGGAGUCUCGCGUGGCGUACUGUGUUAGGACUGUAUAGAAACCCUUGUAACACCUCUCAGAGAACAAAUCGAAUAUAAAUGUCUAUAUGAGUGUAAGGAAUAAGCUACCAGUAGGCGAGCCGAGUGUACAUAAGUCACGCUUUAUUCCUAUUAUAUUGUAAAUUAAUGUAUCCAUUCCCUACCGUAGGUCCCGUUGUCGUUCAUAGCUAACACCACUCGUUUAGGUAGCCAACGAAUUUUAUAAAAUAUUAUAUAUGUAAUUAUAAAUAUUGAGCACUGAUACAAACUCGUGUACAUUGACAAAAUAAAAAUAUUAAAAAAUAUAAUCGGUUAUAAAAAUAUUAUAACAAAUUAUUGUUAAAGUAGAAGGAAAGACUUAUUAUAUAAUGAUAUGGUUACUUAUAUGGGGGCGUAUGCCGGUGUCCACGGACUAUUCUAAAUAACGUAGGAUCUAUUAGACAUUUUGCACCGAUAUUCUAGUGAUCACGCUCUUGGCUCGGCGACUAACCUUACUGAUUAGAAUGCCGGUAUCAUAAUUUUUCCUAACCCCUAAACUAAAGUGUUACACCAAGAAACAUAUGGCGUACCCUACAACAACCGAUCUUGCCUGAUUCCCAUAAAGAGUCACAUAAAAUAAAUAAAUCCAUACACAGUUUCCAAAGAUAUGUAAUAAAUUAUGACGUGAGCCAAAUAUUUUUCGGUGUAAUAAUAAGGUACCUUUUAAACGUAGAGUAAAUUAUAUUUUAUCUGCAUUCCAUUUCUUCUAAUAAGUGUUGCCACUGCCGCCCCGAAUAUUAAACUUUUUACUUUGAUUUUACUCUUCGCGACGGUACGAGUAGCAAAGUUCUUUAUAAUGUCGAACUUUAAUUACAAUAACAAAAAAGAUUUCGUCAAUCCCGUCAUAGUACCUCUGAAUGUUUCAUAAUGUGUAAUUAAUUAUUCAUGUACAUAAUAUAAAAAAUGUUAUUGUGUAAUCACAUGGGGAUAUACUUUGUGGCUCGUAUUUUCGCGAGUAAGAUUUCUACUCAAAAAUAUACUAAACGAAUUAAGUAUGCAAAAAAGGAUUAUGUAUGUACUAUAAUAUACAUGGUCAGAUAGUUUAAGAGACAAAAAGAAAGUUUUCUUCUUUAAUUUACGUCACAUGAUAAGUUUCUACACGAAUAUUACUAAGUGGCAUCUGGCUGCUAUCGUUACCUAUGUUGUCGUUGGUAUGGAAGGAUUUUAUAUUUCAAGUUUCAUUUCUUAUAAAAAUAUAUAUGAAGCUGCAUGAAUGAGGUAUUAAUUCAGUGUAAUUUGAAACAGCUGCCGGACUGUCCUGAGCUUGAUGUUGGCAGACAAGUGUGCCGUGAUUUGUGCGUUGUCGCUUGUUGGUAGGCACGUUGUGUUAUUCGUUGCUUUUCAUAUUGUACUAAGAUAUACAAACCAAUGAUUAUUAACCGGUUAACUUUAAUAACCGGUUUUUCCAUUAUUUACAUUUUAGCAUGUGUUGCGUGACGGGCGCGUUACGCUGUCGAACCCGCGCGGGGUUUUGUAUUAUUUUAAGUAUUUAAUUAUUAUUAAGCUGUAUUUUGGUACUAUUAACUCUAUAUUAAGCGUAAUUAGUUAACAUUCCAAUGUCUGACUUUAUAUUGUUUGUGCGACAUGGUGAUACAUGGAUAAAGUUCCAAAUUGUCUUUUUAUACCGUUUAAUAGGUUCUAAUAAAAUGUUGAGAUUAUUGUAUACCUUAUUAGAACUUUGUUGUACGUUCGUUUAAUCAAUUAAGUUUGAAAUGUAUCUAAAUAUUCGUGUAUCAUACUAACCGCAUGAGAAAUGACAUUUAAAUCACUGUUAAUUAUAAAAGGAAUUGUUGAACACUUUAUUGAUAUGUUAAAGUCGCCGUUUAGAACAAAUUAUGUAUCUUAGUUUUAAGUUUUUUAGUUGUAUGUUGAUACAUCCGAUGUAUGGAGCUUUAUGUAGUAUGGUUUACAUAUUGGAUGUGUGUACGAACACCGAGCGCGUGACGAGUCUCUGUCGACUUAGACUGGAUACCUAACUUGGGAUACUGUACUAUUCUGUGCUUAAUUGAAAAUAAAGAAAGAUUAAUCUGA